GUUAGAUAGCAAGGAAAUGCAAGCAGAUGGUAAAAAGCAAUCUGGAUGUAAUGUCAAAAUUCUACUGCACAUUGUGUAAGACUACACUGUCACGAGUCCAUGGAGGCCGAUGCAAGUGCAGAACUUCCUUUAUUGCGUUCACACAGGAAACAGGCUCAGGGAAACAGACUUAUGGUACAAACACAAGGAGUAGACACAUAAGGAACCAGGAUUUGCCAUGACAUACACUUGGGAAAAAAUUCGUGGCCUGGUAUCUGGUCGCUGAUUGGUGGAGGUCUGCUCGCUGAGAAGUCAGACCCAGCCAAUCAGGCCGCAGAGGGCGGGGCGAGAGUGAAGACACCUCCUGCUACUCCAUAGUCAGGGAGGAUCCAUGAGGGACACCGAUAACGCCAGCAUUUCUUCAGAUCAAGAAACAUGGUUUUAUCAGCAUAGAGAGCAGCACGUCUGAGAAUGGACUCCAUCUCACUGGUGGGGAGCAGUCCUGCCAGCAAGGCCUCCUUCCUUCCUAACGGAUUGAAGAAUGGACCCAGCGAAGGCUCCAGUAAGCCCUCAGUGGCCAUCAUUGGCUCUGGGGAUUUCUCCAAGUGCUUGGCCAUCCGUCUGCUGCAUAGUGGCUUCCAUGUGGUGGUGGGCAGUCGACAGCCCAAGCGGGCGGCUGAGUUUUUUCCUCAUGUGGUAGAUGUGACCCAUCACGAGGAUGCAGUGGGCAAAGCUUCCAUCAUUUUCCUGGCUAUCCACAGAGAGCACUACUCUUCUCUCUGGGACAUCAAACACCUAUUAGCUGGCAAAAUCUUGGUGGACGUCAGCAACAACAGGAGGUCAAACCAGUAUCCAGAAUCCAAUGCAGAGUACCUUGCUUCCCUUUUCCCAGAGUCCAAUGUUGUGAAAGGGUUUAAUGUGAUCUCGGCAUGGAAUAUGCAGUCAGGCCCUAAAGAUGCGAGUCGUCAGGUGUAUAUCUGCAGUAACUCAGUGGACGCGAGGCAUCAGGUCAUCGAGUUGGCCCGGCAGCUCAGUUUCAUUCCUGUGGACAUGGGCACACUCUCCUUGGCGAAGGAAGUAGAGAAGCUGCCGUUAAGGUUGUUUUCUGACUGGAAAGGUCCCGUUCUGACGGCUAUCGCCCUUUCCAUCUUCUUCUUUGCCUACUCGUUCAUCCGGGACAUCAUUCAUCCGUACGUGAAGAAUAAGCAAAGCUUUUUUUAUAAGAUCCCGCUGGAGAUGGUGAACAGGACACUGCCAGUGGUGGCUAUAACCUUGCUGGCGCUGGUGUAUUUAGCGGGCCAGCUCGCUGCUGUGCACCAGCUCUUCUACGGCACUAAGUUCAAGCACUUUCCCUGCUGGCUACAGGGAUGGUUACAGAGCCGCAAACAGCUGGGCCUGCUCAGCUUUUUCUUCGUCUGCAUCCAUGUGCUCUAUAGCCUCUGCCUGCCCAUGAGGAGGUCUGAGAGAUAUCUGUUGCUCAAUAUGGCCUACCAGCAGGUACAUGCCAACAUAGAAAACUCAUGGAACGAGGAGGAGGUGUGGAGAGUGGAGAUGUAUGUGUCGUUCGGUAUUAUGAGUCUUGGCCUUCUGUCUCUCUUGGCUGUAACGUCCAUUCCAUCAGUGAACAGCACCCUCAACUGGCGAGAGUUCAGCUUUAUCCAGGUUGGUAAGUUGCAGGCUGUGCAGUCCCAGAUGGUCAGUGCCCCAGGGUGAGUCCAGCCUCUCCAAAUGCUGCUUUCAACACUUCCUCAUGCCAUCUCUCAGAAUAUGCCAUAUAUCCUGAAGCAGUCUCACAUGUAUGCGCACAGAAACACACACACACACACACACACACACACACACAGAGAGAGCCCAUUCCCUCAGUCAAAUGGCAUAUGAAUAUUUACAGUCUUAUCAGAGAGCAGCCAGAGCUGAAAGGUCCUUGAGGUCAUAUACAUAUGCAGCCAUUUUAUGGCUGGGUACUGGUACUUUCCUCCAAGCUCUGCAUAUCAGAUGAUCCACUCUCACCCUGACUAGCUAUCCUAAUAUCAGUCUUCACCAUGAAAUCAGCAAUGCAGACUGAGUAGUUUAUUAAAGUCUUCCACUUUCAGUCUUAUAAAGCAGUAGGUUUUACGUCCCCAAACAGAAGUUCUAUGCCUGCAGAAAAGAAGAUCAAACAGAAUGCCAAGUGCUUUAUAUAACUUCAUGUUUCAAUAGUCAUUAUGGUGGUCUGGUCAUUAUGGUGGUUUAGUGUUCAUGGAUCAUUAAUUUACUUAGUGUCUGUAGUGAUCAGUGGACACAGAAAUGAGUAUGAGGCAUUUGCUGAUGAUUUAAAGUCUGCCCCAUUAAGGCUCUAUACACAGCCUGCAUCCUGCAAGAGGAAGAGGAAGUUUGUUAUUACUUACCAGGGAUCAAGCGUAGGUACUUAAGUGAUUGACGUGUGCCUGUAAAGUUAUUUAUAUUGUAUCACACAGAGAGGUUGUGCUUCCUGUUGGGUAGUAGCAGGUGGCCUGCUCUUUCACAGGCACACAAAACAAAUCAAUCCCACUCACUACUGAAACCAAUCUAUCCCACAAACCUCAACAUUUCACUGGGUUCAAGCACACAUCUGUUCUAAGGCCGAACCAUAAGUUUCCUUUAACUCUCCCCCACUCCCUUUAUUCAUGCUCAUUCAGGCCCUCACACCCAGUCUAAAUAAACAUUGCCUAACACAGGCUGGACUCCCUUCCUGCCCUGCCCAUCCACUCCCACUGUAAGGCCAGAUGUAG